AUGUCAAAUGAUCCUGUUCAUUGGCCAGAAACCAUGUCAAAUGAAAUAUUAACAUACUUUGUGAAUCUCGGACCUUGUCAGCCAUUGCCUUCUGAUCUAAAAUACAACAAAUUCCCUACAAAAAACUAUGGAUCAGGAAAUAUUCGGUCAUUCCAUGAAAGUCAUUAUUUUCAACGUUUACCAGAUGGCAACUUAACAAAACGCACCUGGCUAUCAUACUCGCCUUCACUUGAUAGAGUACCUACCUGUAAUUAUAGAAACAUUGCUAAAACAAUUCACCAUCACGAGUGUUUACCCGAACAUAUUCAAAGUGAGAUUAGCCGGGGCUUGUAUUUCACCAGAACAAGAAUUGAUAUUACACUUUUAAAAUCAGCAAACCACCAAGUAGCUGAAAACCGAGAAAUCUUAAAGGUUAUCAUUGAUGCUCUACUAUUUACUGCCAGACAGAAUAUUGCAUUAAGAAGGCACGAUGAAAGUAAUACCUCAAUGAACAAAGGGAACUUUUUAGAACUUUUGAAGUUAUUAUCAAAACAUCAUGGGCCCUUAAAUUCUCAUUUAAAAAAUGAAAAAAUAGAAGGUAAACACAACCGAGUUACAUUUUUAUCAAGUUUAAGUCAAAACAAACUGUUGAGCAUAUUAUCAGAAAUUGUGCGUUCUAAGAUUUUAUUUGAUGUUAAAAAAUCAGGUCUCUUUUCAGUCAUCAUAGACACUACUACAGACGUGUCUACAUUAGAGCAAUUUACCUUUUUACUUAGAUAUGUAAAUGAUAAAGGUAAAAUUGAAGAAAGAUUAGUAGCAUUGGUAACUUCACCAGAUUCAACUGGAAAAGGAAUGUAUGAAGUAUUUUGUAAUAUAACAGAAAAAUAUAAUAUUAAUUGGAAAASAGAUUUGUGUGCACAAGCUUACGAUGGAGCAGCUUCAAUGCAAGGYCAAUAUUCRGGAUUAAAAUCUUUAAUACAAAAUGAAAACCCUAAUGCUUUAUAUGUGUGGUGUUCUGCACAUCUUUUAAACUUGGUAAUAGUUGAUACAUGUGACUGUUGUACCAAAACAAAGGUUUUUUUUGGUGAUAUUAAAGCAAUAGUUGAGUUUAUGCGUGCACGAAAAAGAACUGCCACUUUUGUAUAUUUUCAAAAUAAAUUAUAUCCAAAUGAACGAGUGCGACGCUUAAAACGUUUUUCUACCACAAGGUGGACUUCACAUGACCGAGUAAUUACAGUAGUAUAUGAAAAAUAUGCUGCAUUAUUACAAUCAUUGAUAGCAAUUGCUUCUGCGGAAGAUUCUGAUCGCGAWACAAGUUCAACAGCCAAAAGUUUAUCAAUGAGAAUAUCUUCUUUUGAAUUUAUUAUAGCCAUGAAUUUAGUUAAAACUAUAUUUGCAAUUACUACUCCAGUUUCUAAUUACCUUCAAUCUAAAUCAAUUGAUUUUAUAGAAGCAAUUAAUCUUGUUGAUGUUGCUAAGAACCGUUUAAUUGAUCUUAGAGAUGAUGAUAAAUGUCAAAAUCUGAUAAAUGAAGCAAAAAGUUUCGCAAAAGACCAAAACUUAACAGAAAAGAACUUUAAAGAACUUUAA